UCUCUCCAUCGUCUUCCUAUCCCUCCUCUUCAAACCCUUUUUCAUAUUCUAUCCACAGAAAAGAAGAAUGGCAUCUCAGUCCAUCGAACAUCACCGACAGAACGCGGAAAUCUACCACGGAGACGUCCUCUGCAAGGAGAAAUCCAUGGAGCUGCUGGAAGAGCUCCACCUGCCGAAGGGCCUUCUGCCCCUCGAAGACAUCCUCGAAGUCGGCUACAAUAGAGCCGCCGGCUUCGUAUGGCUCCGCCAGAAGAAGAAGCGCGAUCACGUCUUCCGCAAGAUCGGACGGACCGUGUCGUACGCCCCCGAGGUCACGGCCUUCGUCGAGAACUAUCGGAUGAAGAAGAUGACCGGCGUCAAGAGCAAGGAGCUCCUGAUCUGGGUGACUCUCUCCGACAUGUACAUCGACGACCCCUCGUCCGGCAAGAUCACGUUCAAGACGCCGUCUGGCCUCGGGAGGACUUUUCCCGUCUCCGCCUUCGAGCCCGAAGAGGAGAAGAAGGAAGACAAAGGGAAGAACUGAAGAAACGAGAAAGGGUAAAACCGUAAAUUGGGGCCUGCGUUUUGGGUGUAGUAGUACUUUUAGUUUUUUGAUAUUCAGGGAUGAAUGGACGGUGAUGACAGUAAUUAGUAAUAUUCGGAUUAGAUCAUAUUAAAUAAAUGGUAAUUAGAUGUUGCUUUAA